CUUAUCAUUAAACUGCCCCAAUGUCAGCUCUCCCUUCUAUCGAUCAACUUAAUCGUGAAACUAAUCCUGAUGACUUCGUCCAAGUCGUCAAUACUCUUUUCGAGGCCGCACCACCUCUUGCCAAAAAGCUUUUGGAUGCUCGCCCCUUCACUUCUUAUAACCAGCUCAUCGAUUAUGCCGAGAAAGUGUGCUUAUCCCCCGAUGAUUUGACUGAAGCCGAGAAGCUUGAAGUUAUGAACGCCCACCCUCGCAUCGGUGCUGCCAAAACUGGUUUAUCCGCUAAUUCAAUGAAGGAACAAGGUUAUUCUUCCACUUCUCAAUUGAGCGCUGAAGACGAAAAGGUCAAUGCUGAAUUGGCCAAGUUAAAUAAGGAAUAUGAGGAUAAGUAUGGAUUCAAGUUUGUCGUAUUUGUUAAUGGUCGUCCGCGUCAUCAAAUAAUUCCUGUUAUUAAAGAAAGAAUUGCGUCUGGAGAUAAGGAAAAGGAAUUCCAUACUGGUAUUACAGAUAUGAUGUUGAUUGCUAGAGAUCGUUUGAAGAAGGCAACCGUUAGCAAGAUCUAAAGUAGAAGCUGCUAAUAGCGAUACAAUUCUAAAACUCAACGAGGACAAGUAGUAGACUAUCUUGUAUCUCAUUUUCUUUGUAUAUUAAAGUGUAGACUUAGUAUUUACAUGUUUAUUGUAACUGUAUAUUAAAUCAAUAAAAUAUACCUUUUCUGUUAGCUGUGGGGUAUAUUUGUAUUGAAAAUGUUACAAUGCAAAAAACAAUUUAAAGCCCGCUGAGCACGGACUUGGGUCGACAAUGACAGAAGCAACUUAAAGGGUCAAGUACUCGUUUGUACAUCAGUCUUUCCGUCCUGUAUUGUUCGUAAUGUCGUUCAACUGUGUCU